UUCCCUUAGGUUGGCAAUGGGGCAAUAGAAUCGUCUACAGCAGACAGCUACAACUACAAUCUAGCAUCACAAACCUCACGUAUUUUAUUCCGUUCAUUUAGCUUUAUUUUUGUUUUGAAGCAAUCCUCAAAAUAUGUAAAUCAUCAGAAAUGAAUUAAAAAACUUGAUUUUUUUCUACACAAGUAAUCUGUCUUUUCAUACUCUUGAAACGGUACCGUACUCUACCACCUCACGCAGAGACCCGUAUUUUCUCUCACAUUCGCCGCCUACUCAGUAGUGUAGAUUAGCUUUUUAAGAGUCGGCAUCAAGUCUAAGUUGCUACAGAUAGGAAAAAUAUAAACUAUGUUGGAAGAAACAUUUAUUUUUGCAAAUUAAUCAAGAUUUCUGAUCAACUUAUUGUGAUUUCUAGCGUGCUAGUGCAAUAGCUGGGACCUUACUUAUAUCUUGAAUAUUACCGGUAUAGUUUGCAACUGUGUCCAAAAUGAGGGAGGAUUUGAAAACUCAGUUUCAGAGAGACGGUUUCAUAGUUCUCGAGAACUUUCUGAAUGAAGAUGAGGUGAAGGAAUUGAAGACCGCUGGUGAUGAGUUGGCAAUGAAUGUUCCAAAAGAAAGCCGAAAAUGCAUUUUCAACUCGACCCAAUCGAAUCAAAGUAAGGACAAAUAUUUCGUGGACAGCGGCGACAAGAUUAGUUUCUUCUUCGAGAACGACGCCAUUGGUGAAGAUGGCGAACUGAAAGUGGCCCAAGAGAAGUCGCUCAACAAGAUUGGGCAUGCUCUGCACAUUCUGCACCCAUCCUUCUACAAGGUCACAUUCUCCGACAAAGUCAAGGAGACUUGCUAUCGGCUUGGAAUGGAGGAACCGCUUGUCGUUCAGAGCAUGUACAUCUUCAAAAAUCCUGGCAUCGGAAGUGCUGUGAUUCCGCACCAGGAUGCAUCCUAUCUUCACACGGAGCCGAUGACAGUGAUGGGAUUCUGGAUAGCCCUGGAAGAUGCCACCCUGGAGAACGGCUGUCUCUCCUUCAUACCCGGGUCGCACAGCAACGGGGUUCACCGCCGCUUCAUCAGGAACCCGGACUCCGCCUCUAGCGACCUCCUCAUCUACGACAAACCUGCGCAGAUCUACUCCAGUUCCGGCUUUCAGGCGGUGCCUGUCAAGAAAGGUGACUGCAUUAUAAUUCAUGGGCAAGUAGUACAUAAGAGCGAGCACAACAAAUCUUCCAAAUCGAGACACGCCUAUUCAUUUCAUGUAAUCGAACAGUCGUCCAAAUACUCGCCUGAUAACUGGCUGCAGAGCGAGAAGGGAUUCAUGAUGCUGUACGGAAAUUGAUGUUCUGUCUCUCUCAAAAACACAAUUUAAAAGAGGCAGAAAAACAGAGAUAAGAGUAUGUUUUAUAUUUGCUUGGAUUUUGCUCAAAUACUCGAUCAAAUAUAUUAGUUAAUUUAUUUGUCAGGUUUCAUAAAAUUUUAUUCUAAAUCGAGCAUUUUUUAUACCGGUAUUCAAUUGAACAAUAUAAGCCUACUAUGUUGAAUACAUGAAUUUUUUAGUCUGAAAAUUCUAAAUAUUGUAAACUUUGGUACAUUUUCAAGUUACCGAUAUAGAAGUGAUUAUGAGCCUUAAUAGUUUCACUAGUCAACAAAUUAUCUAGAUUUUAUAUUGAGGGCAUUAUUUUAUUAAAUAUCUUUGGAAAACUUUUAUAAGUUAAUCAAUCUGAACUUUUAAAUAUGAUAUUCUAGUUGUUCUUAAGUUUCCUUAUGAUUAUUUACAAUAGAUCUGAUUGUUUUAUUCGUUGAUGAUCUUUUACUGUAUUUCUAUUAUUUUUUAAUUUUAUAAAAUUUAUUAUCUAUUAUGAUCAACGCCUAAUUGAAAUUUUGUUAUAGGAUACUGUAUUUUGAUGUCAUAAUCUAUUGUAUUGCUUACAUUUUUUGAAGAAUAUUUUAUUGGUCAAUGUUUUAAAUUCAAUCAUUAUCCAUUGUAAGUUGUAGCUAAUCUGCAAUAAGUCUCCAAUUACAAUAACUAUAAGAAUACUAAUUUUUACGAGCUUCCCAUGAUGUGAUCUACAUCAAUAUGUGUGAUAGAAUAACAAUAUUUUUUUCAAUAUCUCUCCAAAUGUAUUCAUAACACUUUGCUAUCGCGCCUAAAUGAGAUAAGUCAUUGAAAUGAGAUUAACACUUUGAUAAUUAAAUGAUAAAAAACUGAUAAUGAUUAAAUGAUAAAAAACGUUGAUUCAUCAUUACUCAUAAGAAGAGCCAAUAUAAUUGAAAUGUUUGAUAGAAUAUUAUUUAAUUAUCUGUAUUGUUACUAAUUCAGAUUAUUUAUAUUUUUUAAGAAUGUAUUCUUGUUCUCAAAUAAAGAAAGCCAUGUUCUAUA